AUGUCCAAGCCCACCCUUUGGUUGCGCUGCGAGAAGAAAGCCUUUGAGAGGCGUGCAGCACUCACCCCCACAACCUCAAAGAAGCUAAUCGAUGCAGGCUUUGACAUCUAUGUCGAGCGUGAUGAUCAGCGAAUCUUUGAUGAUUCCGAGUAUGAGGCGGUCGGGUGCAAGUUGGUCGACAACAGUACAUGGACAUCUGCACCGACAGACGUCCCGAUCAUCGGAUUAAAGGAGCUCCCUGAGUCGGACGAGCCCCUCCCCCAUACACAUAUCCAAUUCGCGCAUUGUUUCAAGAGACAGGCGGGCUGGGACGAUGUGCUGGGGAGAUUCCAUCGCGGUGGAGGUACCUUGUACGAUCUGGAAUUCCUCAAUGAUGCAAACGGCAGGAGGGUAGCGGCAUUUGGUUUCCACGCUGGGUUUGCCGGUGCCGCAGCUGGAGCACUGGCUUUGGCGGCGCAGAAGAAGGGAGAGAAACUGGGCCUGCUGGAACCCUAUCCGAAUGAGGAUGCUAUGGUUAGUGGAGUCAAGGAGGCUCUCGGAGGCAGUGGCAAGGGCGUCCGCGCCCUUGUAAUUGGUGCACUCGGGAGAUGUGGUAGGGGUGCCGUUGACCUAUUCAGGAAGAUCGGUCUGGAAGAAGAUGAUAUCGUCAAGUGGGACCUCGCUGAAACGGCAAAAGGUGGCCCAUUCCAAGAGAUCCUUGAUGUCGAUAUCUUCGUCAACUGCAUUUACCUGUCGUCCUCAAUUCCACCUUUCCUUACUCGGGACCAGAUCAUCGCAGCGGGGCCCAGCCGCAAGCUGUCCGUUGUUGUGGAUGUGAGCUGCGACACGACGAACCCUUUCAAUCCCAUACCAAUAUACAACAUUAACACUACUUUCUCCGAACCCACGGUCGGUGUUGAUGUCGGGAGUGUCAAUCCGCCCUUGUCGGUUAUUUCCAUUGACCAUCUGCCCACUUUGCUUCCGCGGGAGGCAUCAGAACAGUUCAGUGCAGACCUACUCCCCUCGCUGUUGGAAUUCCCCAAGCGCAGUGAAGCGCGCGUGUGGACGGACGCAGAGAAGCUAUUUAAAGAAAAACUUGCGGAGGCCGCCCAGGAACAGAGCGCAAAGAAAUAG